AACCUCUUCGCCUGCCCUGCCAGCUGGUGACAACCUUUUGCAGCAUCGACAUAAAAUUGGCAGGAACUUAACCAUCUCGGCAUCAUGGCCGCCGCUUCAUCCUCGAAGCCCUCGAGCUUCCUGCUCUACUCCUGCAUCGCCCACCGCACCACCAUCUUAGCCGAACAUUCUUCCCCCGGCACCUCCUCAUCAGCCGCCUCCUCCCUCGCCUCCAUCAUCCUCCCCAAAAUCUCCCACGACCAACCCCAGAAGCUCACGUACACCCACGAGCGCCUAUUCGUGCACUACAUCGCCGACUCUCCCAGCAGCGGCAGCAACAAUAACUAUGACUCCUCCUCAUCCACGGAGCCCAACUCCUACGCCCCGCUCAGCUACAUCGUCGUCGCGACCGCCGAGCAAGGCCGCCGCAUCCCCUUCGCCUUCCUCCUGGAGAUCAAGCGCAAGUUCCUGGCGGCCUACCCGCCGUCCAGCACCGACUUCGCCACGCUGCCGGCCUACGGCUGCGCCGCGUUCAACCCGGACCUUCGCGCGCUGCUGCAGACGUACAACACGGCGCCGCCGUCGGACUCGCUCGCCUCGGCGCGGCGUGAGAUCGACAGCGUGCGAGACAUCAUGACGGAGAACAUCGAGCGCGUGCUGGAGCGCGGCGAGCGCAUCGAUCUGCUUGUCGACAAGACGGAUCGGCUCGGCGGGAGCGCGCAUGAUUUCCGGAUGCGGAGCCGCGGGCUGCGCCGCCGUAUGUGGUGGAAGAAUGUCAAGCUGGUCGUGCUGUUGAUUGUGGUUAUUGUGUUCCUGGUGUAUCUAUUUGUCGGGAUGGGGUGUGGGCUGCCUGCUUGGGGGAAGUGCGUGGGUUGAAUUUCGGGCAGUGAGUGGAAAAUGGGUGAUUGGGUCAGUGGGUUUGUGAGAUUACGUUCCCUUUUGUGAUGUUUGAGAUUGAGCCUUGUGUUUGUUGCGUGUUGUUAGUUGCAUUUGUUUUGACUUGCGGUUUUCUUGCGCUGGUUAUUGAUUGAUGGACUCAUGAUUGUCAACGGGUGAUGGUAUUUAGUUGAGGUUGGUGGGCUGGGCGAAGAGAUGGAUGGAAGCUCAAUUUUUAAUUCUGUAUAAUAUCAUGAUAACGUAC